AUGGCACCCUCAGAGAACCAACAGCAAACCCCAAAUCCUGCGCCUCCUUCUCUUUCCGCUGGCGGUCAUGAGACGCGCGACUACUGCGCUGCGCAGGUAGCAACACGACCUACCUCACAGAAUGAACCAUACCUGACACCAUACCUCGGUCUUCGAGCUAGCCUCUCACAGACCUGGAUUAACCGGUGGACGAUUCUUCUUCUUCUUGUACUGAUACGGGCUCUUUUCGCAAUCGCAAGUAUCGACGACAACCUCGGGAGUGCGAGGAAACAAGCACUUAGUGCCUGCACUUCUGUUGAGAAUAUGGGCUCCGCGAUGGCCAGCAUGCCACAUUACAUGAGUCAAGGCGUCAAUGAACUCAGCGCUAGGGGCAUCGAGAAGGCCAUCAGUGGACUUAUGCAGAUGCUUGUUCUAAGCUUGACUGGCGUUGAGGAAAUCGUGGUGUUUGUCAUCAACUUGAUGACCAGCACUUACGUCUGUCUACUGACUCUGGCGAUCCGCGGCGGCUUGCACAUUGCGAUUGACGUGGCGGAGAAAGUGGGCGACUUCCUGAACACCACGGCAAAAGACAUUGGAGAUGACCUUGGCGAUAUUGCCUCCAAGUUUCAGGAUGCCAUGAACGGAUUCCUUUCGGGCGUGGACUCCAUAGCGGAUGUACUGACUGGCAAGGACGAUGACAAGGCACCGACUAUCGACUUGACUGACGCUAUCGACAAACUCAACAACCUUGAACUACCAAGCGGAUAUGAUCAAGGUCUGCAGGAUCUCAACAACUCGAUCCCGACCUUUGCGCAAGUUCAGAAUUUGACGAACCAAGCAAUUCGAUUCCCGUUCGAGGAGGUCAAAAAGCUGCUGAACGAAAGCUUGCCCAAAUACUCCAUGAACGGAUCCAUCUUUCCAGUGCCACCAAAAGAGCAAUUAUCCUUUUGCUCCGACAACGACGCCAUCGAUGGCUUCUUCGACGAUCUCAUCUCCAUUGAGCGGAAGUGGAAGACAAUCUUUCUGGGCGUGUUCGUCGCCUUGGCGACACUUGUCAUGUUCCCUAUGGCAUGGCGAGAAUACCACCGCUGGAACAAAGUGCAGGAGCGAGCCCACCUGGUCAAGAACGAUGCAUUCGACGCAAUGGACGCAGUUUACCUGGUGUCAAGACCACACACUUCUGGAUUUGGUCUGUGGAUCUCGAGAAUAUUCUCCUCUGAGCGGCGCCGUAACCUUGUCCGCUGGACAGUAGCAUAUGCGACCACUCCCGCAGCGCUUUUCGUGCUUUCACUGGCGGUCGCGGGUCUUCUCGGUUGUGCCUGUCAAUACACUCUCCUCAAGGCGCUUGAGAAGGAAGUUCCGGCCUUGAAGGACCAAGUGGUCGAUUUUGCGGACAAAGUUGUCAACUCGGUUAGCAAUGCGAGCGAACAAUGGGCUAUCGGCACAAAUCGCAUCAUCAGCGAUACGAGCACAUCCAUAAAUGAUGAUGUCUUCGGAUGGGUCAAUAUCUCCACCAACGCCGUCAACAACACCCUAAAUGUCUUUGUGGACACGAUGAUGGACGGGUUGGAUGACGCUUUCGGCGGAACAGUCCUCUAUGAUCCAAUCAAAGAGGUUCUGGACUGUCUUGUGUUCCUCAAGAUCGCGGGCAUUCAGAAAGGCCUGAACUGGGUCAGCGAGAAUGCCCGAAUCGACAUCCCGUUGCUCCCAAACGACACAUUAUCGCUAGGUACCGCUCAAAAGCUGUCUGGCUCUUCGACAGAUCUCUUGGCUACAGGUUCGGACGGUGCGGCAGCCGAUGCCAUCGAAAGUAUUGUCGCCCAUGUCAUUCAAGCAUUUGCCUCUGGGAUUCGCCAAGAAGCAAUCAUAUCCACUUGUUUGCUGUUGGUCUGGGUAGUGCUGGUGCUAGGUGGCAUCGCCAGAGCCGUGUAUCUGCUCUUCAGGGGUGGCGAUGGCGGUCUCUAUCCCGCACCAGUUCCAACAGGCCGUCAAGACAAAUAUGAGUUGGAACAAUAUCCCAAGCACGGGCAGGUGAACCCACCAGCCGAGCAAGGAAACAACACAGCAAACAAGUGGCAGGAUCAGCAGUACACACUGACACCGAACCCAUUGCCGACUUUCGAGGACAGUGGCGCUACAUCCUCCACCGCUCGCAUUGGUCUGACCUCGCAAAACGAGAAGAUCGGAAUUGUCGGCGGGCAACACGUCAACGAUGCAAUACGUCGUCCGACUCCAAACCACGUCCGAGCCUCAAGUCAUGGUGACUAUGCAGUCACCUCGCCGAUACGGCAAACCAAUCCCUUCCUCAGUACUUAUGAAGCAAAGAACCCAACCCGAAAUCCAUUCGUGGACCCUGGACGUUGA